AUGACGACCCUCGACGAUACAACCUCCAAGACAAGGGGUAACGCCUCUGACGACAUCCAUGAUGAAAAAUCCCCAAUCGAUAUGGCAGAAAAAGAUUCACAUACGACGUACAGCUCUACUGAGAAUUUGUACCAAGAUGACGCUUUGGAGCCAGUGUAUUAUGCCAAAACGUUGAUUCUGAACCGGGCAAUUGAAGAGAUUGGGAUGGGCAAAUAUCAGUACAUGCUAUUCCUCGUAUCCGGCUUCGGGUGGUUUGCCGAUAGCGUAUGGCCGCUAAUAACAGGCCUGAUCUUGACACCCGUAGUCGACGAGUUCGGAUUCAAUCCCCCAUUCCUCAGUCUUGCUGUAAACGCAGGCCUUCUUGUGGGGGCUGUAUUCUGGGGUCUAGGUUGCGACGUUUGGGGAAGACGAUGGUGCUUCAACAUUACAUUGCUCCUUGCUGGUGUAUUCGGUCUAGCCGCAGGAGGCGCGUCGAAUUUUAUCACCUUGGCGUCGUUGCUCGCCGUCAUGGGCGUAGGAGUUGGAGGUAAUCUACCUAUAGAUUCAGCGGUCUUUUUAGACUUCGUUCCUGCAUCCCGCCAAUUCCUCCUCACAUUCAUGUCCAUAUUCUGGUGCCUCGGACAGCUCGUCGUCAACCUUCUCGCCUGGCCACUCAUAGCAAACUUUUCUUGCCCCGUGGCAACGCCCACAUCUCCACCAUGUACCCGUUCAGCUAACAUGGGCUGGCGCUAUUUGCUUUUCACCCUCGGUGGGCUCACCCUCCUCCUCUGGGCCAUUCGUUUUUUCGUCUUCGAGCUCGCUGAAAGUCCACGGUACCUCAUCGGCAAAGGACGUGAUGCGGAGGCAGUGAUGAUCAUACACAAGAUAGCUGCGUAUAACGGCACAACGAGCACAUUGACCGUCGACCAACUUGCGGCUGUCGGUGGCGGGGAGUUCUCCGACAAACAACAGGAAACGAAGGCUGAAGGUAAAAAGUUGUCGUUGACCCGCACUUCCGACUUUACUCUGGGACAUAUCAAAUCUCUAUUCCGGACGAGGAAAAUUGCUUAUUCUACAUCUCUGUUGAUAUCCGUAUGGGGUAUAAUUGGCCUUGCUUCGACUUUGUACAACAAUUUCCUAUCUUUCCUAUUGAACAGCAAAGGGGCACAUUUCGACGAUGCAACCCUCAACAUCACUUAUCGCAACUCCUUCAUUUUGAGUGUCGUAGGUAUCCCCGCUGCGUUCUUCGCCACAUGGCUCGUCGAGAUCCCCCAACUGGGACGACGAGGUGCCUUGGCCGUAUCCGCAGCUCUUACUGGUGCCUUCCUCUUCGCCACCACCACUGCACGAACCUCGAACGCACUUUUGGGGUGGAACUGUGGUUACUCAUUCUUCAGCAACGUCAUGUACGGUAUUCUGUAUGCCAUCUCCCCCGAGAUCUUCCCUGGCAAAGAUCGAGGCACAGGCAACGGUCUGACAGCAGCAGCGACCAGAGUGUUCGGGCUCAUCGCACCCAUCAUCGCAUUGUACGCCGAUAUUACAACAUCCGUCCCUGUGUACAUCGCAGGAGCUUUGAUCAUCUUCUCUGGAUCUCUGGCUCUAUUGAUCCCAUACGAACCUCGAGGCAAAGCUGCCAUGUAA